AUGUCUUGUGAAAACGAUAAACUUGUGCUACUUAAGCUUAAACUAAAACAUGAACGAGAAGUGCUUAAAUUGCGAAACAAGGAGCGUUCUCUUACUGAUGACCUUAGUUCUUUGAAGAGGGAAAUUGACUAUUUAACAGAACAAUUGGAGGCAAGUCAGUUGAAGUCUAUUCUGAAAAGACAACUGACUCAAAAUAAACAUCAAAUUUCGUUAAUAGAAAUAUGUACGAGUCUUGAGAAUGUAAAAAAUGAAGAUCACAUUAAUGUUUUGAACGGCCACUUGAAAAGUUUUCAGGAGCUCUUCGAUAAAGGGCCUGCCGCUUUCGUCGUGUCAAUUUUGCGUACAAGAGAGAUGCUGGAAAUUGGUUCGGCAGUGGGAGAGUUAGAGAUCGGCCGAGGAGCAGAUGUAUUAGGUGACUACGUAGUGUCCAGAAAAGUAGAGUACGAAGAAAACGCCUCGCAUAUAUUCUCGCCAGAUGUUAUGACUUGGUUGUUAUAG